CCGACUCUCCUUCGGCAGUUCCUGUCCUCGUGGGAUGAGGAGUUUGAAAAAUGCCAAGGUCACCUCAGGCCUGGAGGAGAGACAGAUAAAAGUGUCUUCCCAGCGUCCCAUCGCAUCCCCAUUCAGAAGGCUUGCUUGCUUUCGGUGCCCACCUGUGCCCAUUUCCGACAGCCCAUCUGAUCCCGGUGCCAUGUUCUUCCUCUUUUUCCUCCACCUCUUGCUGGCCAGCGGGGUGCCCUCCGCUGGCACCUCCGACCUCCGGAAGGGAGACCCCACGGGGGAGCAGCAAACUCGUGAGUUUUCUGCCCUGACUCUCAACGAAAGCUGUCGGGAGCAAAUCCUCCAGCGAGCAAGGACCGUGAUGUGCCAGCUGCUGCGGUUAGACCAUCCACCCCGGCUGACGGCCAGCAUGACCCACCAGGUGCGGGAACAAUGGGCCAAAGAAGGAAGGAAGUCUCCGGAGCCCUCCAUCGGGGGACAGCAUCUCAAUAUAACCUCCAAUCAGACAUUGGUGAGCCAAAGAGGGGGCUGCUUACAGAUCUCGCAACGCGUCACCCUGGAUGAUCUUGGCUGGCAGAAUUGGGUGCUGAGCCCCACUUCCUUCACCUUCACCGAAUGUCUGGGGUGCCAUUGCCACCGGAUCAAAGAAGAGACGCAGCUGCCCCUCUGGAGUUUGGCCUGUGGCCUCCAGGAACCAAGCCAUCAAGACCAGGCGGAUGCCCAACAGAGACGCUGCUGUCGACCCCGAAAGAGCCCGCUCCCCUUUCUUUUCCUCAAAGAGGACGGCUCCUUGAACCUCCAGACGGUCCGCCUGGCCCACGAUUGUCACUGCCGACCCUGAGCUGAGACCCCCCCACAUACACCCCCACACCCCCGAGACCCUCGCUCAGCCCCCAGGAGCUUUCUGCAUAGGGAGAGGGAGAGCAUCCCCUCUCUUUGCAGGGAGAGCAUCGCUGUGGAGGAGAGGAAAGGAACAAAACUUUUUAAAAUGUUGUUUUCACCUUUUUUAAAAAACACACAAAAGGAGUCCCUGGGGUGGGGUGGGGGCUGGGGGAGCCCCUUUCCCACAGCUCUGCCCCCCGCCAUUGCAAACACCAGCACCGCUGCACCGCUACGCAAAGCUGCUCGGAGCAAGGUCUACUAGGUGUGAGUGGCUCAAGGCAUCCUGGGAGUUGUGGUUUGGACAAGACAGCUGGAUUGUGGGGUGAGGAGUGGGGGUUUAACCCAAAACCUCACCCUUCUUGCAAAGGCCGGUCAGGUUACCUUGGGGUUUGGGUCGCUUGACCGUAAGGACAUGUUUAGCCAGGGAGCCUUUUCUCCACCUGCCCUUCAGUCCUUGGAUGUUCCCACACUUUUCACAGCAGCUAAAUGCAGAUCCAGCUCUCCCCUUUAUAAGCCAUCGUUUGCUAGAGCAAUCCUUCAAGGAGGGGGGACUUCAACUCCCAGAAUCCCCCAGCCAGCAUGUUUUAAGAUGGGUGGGCUUCAACUCCCAGAAUCCCCCAGCCAGCAUGCUUUAAGAUGGGUGGACUUCAACUCCCAGAAUUCCCCAGUCAGCAUGUUUUAAGACAGAUGGACUUCCACUCCCAGAAUC